AUGCUAAUAUGUGGAAAGUGCAACAGAUUUUUCAAUACAGGAGAGAGAAAACCUCUAAACUUGCCUUGUGGUGAUGUGAUUUGCUCAGUCUGCUUUAACUUCGAAAUAAGUCAGGUGCAAACAGAAGUGUCUAAUUGCCCUUUUGAUGAUAAACACUUGUUUACAAAGAAUAUGAACGUAGUCGAAUCUAUGUUCCUGAUCAGACAUCUCAAAGAAUUUGAUUUCUAUAACAUUUACUGUCAUGAGCAUUAAUCCGAGUAAGCUAAAAAGAUUUGCAUAGAAGAGGAUCAAAUGGUUUGUAACAGCUGCCUGAUCUAAGAUCCACAUAGAGGUCAUCUUGAGAAAGAUAGCAUUCAUUUAGAUAUUAAAAAGGAAUACAUCAGAGAGUCAAUGGAAAAAAUGAUUCCAAUUCUAAAACAAGAAAUACUCAGAAUAGAAAAAAUUAUUGAUGAAUAUCAGCAGUAUCUCAAUAAUGAAAGAAGCUUCACUUCACUCUAAAUUACAAAGGAUUAGUAGAUCAAGAGCUCUUGUAGAAAAAUUAGAGUUUUCUUUUUUCAAGACUUGGCUUAGGAUCCAUCUAGUUAGUUUUGCUAUUUAAAGGUUCCAGAGAUGAAUAUAAGGCAAAUAAGUUUCAUCAGCUUUGUGAUGGUAAAGCGUAAACUAUUUCAUUUAUUCUAAGUGAGCAUGGGUAAACGUUUGGAGGUUAUACAGGCACAGAGUGGAAUUAGCAUAUUGGAAGUUACUAAACAGACUAUUAGAGCUUAAUAUAAUAUUCUAUAGUAAUUUGAAUUGCUAAGAAACUUCUUGUUUAACUUGAAUAAGAGAUCUAUAUGUCCUCUCUAUUAAAAUCACUAGUAUGCAACAUAUAACUAUCCAAGUUAUAUGAUGACUUUCGGAAGUAAUCAUGAUUUAUUCAUUGCCAGUGAUUGCAAUGUCAGCACUUCAAGUUCAUCAAACUUAGGAAGUGAUUAUAAAGUACCUGAUGGUGGCCAUUCCACCACUACUUAUUUAGCAGGUAGCUAAAGCUUUAGAGUUAUUGAAAUCGAAGUUUAUUAGAUUAGUUAAAAUUGA